ACAAUCUCAGCAAUGAACACAGCAAUGAAAGUGUUCCUGUUCCUUGGUGCCCUGGUGUGUACAGUAGAAAGUAUCUGUAAAGAAGGGGAGCUGACUGCGCUCGAGCAGACAAUUCUAGACGCGCACAACGCACUGCGCGCUAACCACGAGGGAACAGAGGAUCUGUGUUACGCUGAGAGUGGGGAGGAUGUAACCUUCAUCUCCCAAGCCUGGGCUGACAGCAUGGCGGAGGAGAAGAACAUGCACCACAGUUCCGGAGAGUACGGAGAGAACCUGGCUUACAAGGGCUCAUCCGGGGACAGGGUGGGGCAGGAACAAGCUUACAUCCUGGCAUCUAAAUCUUGGUACAGUGAAAUCAAGGACUGGAACUUUGCGGAGAGCAAGGCUAAAGGAGGGGUAACAGGUCACUUCACCCAGCUGGUAUGGAAGGAAAGCAAGCAGAUGAACUGUGGAUACGCGGAGUUUGAGAACGACUACAACUCCCACUACGUAGUCUGCCAGUACUUUCCUCGUGGUAACUUUGGGAGGACUCCGGAGUAUGUUUUGAACGUGGGACAGAUCGCGGAGGGGGCUGAUAUGAGCGAGUAUGAGAUUGCAGAGGGUAGUAGUGCAGGAGGAGUGUUCAGCAGUGCAGUGGUGAUGAUGGUCGUAGCUGUCUUCGUUGCUAUUCACUAAUUUAAUUGGUUAAUUUAUCAAUCAAUUUACUAGUUAAUUUACAUAGGAAUUUACUAGUUAAUUUACAUAGGAAGUGAACAUGAUCACUUUUUGUACCAGGUUAUUUUAAAUUUCGAUUAUCUUAGUAUCUUAUCUUAUCUCAUCAUAUUAUCUUGCAUUGGGAUUGAUAUUUUUUAUGAACUAGCAAGUUUUUUAUUUCGGGGUAUUGUAAUUAUCAUCGUUACAUUACAACUUUUAAUAAAUUAUAAAUGUAAGAUAAUUUUGUUAUUUUACUCUCAAAUCUUUAAAAAAGACAUGUUUUAAUUUUUACAGACUGUGUAUCUUGAAUGAAUAACCG